AUGGCUCCUCCGGCCUCCUUUGGUGCUCAUCCUACCAACCGCCCGUCGCACUACCGCACUCCGUCCCCUCCUCGACACGGCAUCGAGCCUCUCUCCCCCGGUAACCCUUUCACCCCUUCUUUGAUAUCUGCUUCCGUCCAACGUCGUGAUCUUUCGGGGAAAUCAGCUGCCAAAUUCUCCGGGCGAGAUGAUGAACCUGCUUCCACGGACGAAGCGCGGAGACAUGGCCGCCAUCGUUCCAUCGACGGCGUUGCGCAUCUCCAUCACCACCAGAACCAUCGCCAUCAACAAGUACUACCACAUCAACACCAUCAACAUUCCCCGGGCAGGCCCGGAGGCCACGCCAGAUCCAGAUCUACCAUCGACACUCUUGCUACAAUAGCUCUUGCUACCAGUCCUACUUUCUCUCCGCUCACCUAUGACGGCCCGGAUCAGCCAACCAUCUCACCACUCGCACAUCACGAUUCGGCUGAUACAGACGAGAGACCCUCGAAACGAGCAAAAUCUGAAAAGGCGCCCUUGUCGAGCUGGCAUAGGCCGGCAACGAGCCAUGUCUCCACUCUCGACAGCAUGAAGACGGAUGCCGAAUUACUUCUCAAUUUCGCCAGACCUGCCAACUCUCCUCCUUUUCCGCCUCACGGCACCCUAUCUAGAAACGUAGACAACACCACCCACUCCCGGAACCACCCGUGGCGCGGCCAUGCCUCCGCCAUCUCCAUCCAUGAUCAGGGCAAUGUCUUACGUGACAGAGGUCCUUCGGCCUGGACCGAAGCAGCAGGCAUGAACGGCGUCCCGCCGGCCAGGCUACGAUCUCAGUCAGAUGGCGCUGCUGUCCUCUCCAGACCUUCCAUGAACGCUCUUCUCCCCGAUUCAAUAAUACAUUCUUCCGCCAUAGGACCCGUACUCGAAGACGACCAGGAGGAAGAUCGGAUUGCGAAGAAAAAUGUUACCUGGAUGCAAGACACACCUACCGUGCAAUCUGCUAAACCUUCACAGGACAAGGAACCCACUAUAUCCGGGCCGCAGACGAAGCACAAGGCGGCCGAAGGUAACUCAACCGGCCAGACAAAUUGCGCAGCCUGUAAUCGCGAUCGAAUUCCGGUCGAGACUGGAGGAGACGACACGGAAGUUACCUGGGUAAAUUGCGACGGGUGUGAUCGAUGGUUCCAUAUCGUCUGCUGUGGCUUCAAUGCCCACGAGAUAAGGACUGUAGACAAGUUCAUCUGCUCCCAAUGCCAUCCAAUACACGGCCCAACAACCUUUGUCCGCAAGUCCACUCGUCCACGGACUGCCAUCGAUUAUGCCGGUCUAAACCAAGGAUUUGUCAAACCGCCAUCAGAGGAGAGUGAGAAUAUACAUCUUACUGCGAUAAAACAGGGCAAGAUAUCAUUCCUGCCUGAUCACUUCGCCAGAAUGCCGCCAGAUCUGGUGACCGCAUCAUACUUCGAACGCGGUGCUGGGAUGAUCGAGCCCAUAGUUAUUCCUGCACAUAUGAACUCGCGUUCAGCCACCAACUUCCACGAAGCCACCACUGAAGAAGAGUUCGAUGAAAAUAUUCCCGAAGACGACGGCUACGAGGAGGCAAUUGAUUGCGGGCAAGAUCUUCUCGACAUGGUUAUUCCCAAAGACCUUACAGUAAAGACUGUAGGUGAAAUAUAUGGGCCAGAGGAAAAGAUCGAAGUCAUCGAUGUUAAAUCGCAACAAGGCGAGGAGAAGAAGUGGACCAUGCAAAGAUGGAUGGAUUAUUACUACGAUACCAACUCCUCUAAAGUGGUCAAAAAUGUUAUCAGUCUGGAAGUUUCACAAUCUCCUCUAGGAAGGCUACUACGGCGACCCCGAGUGGUUCGUGACCUUGACCUCCAGGACUCAGUGUGGCCACCCGAACAGCAAGCCGUAGGAGACUACCCAAAGGUUCAAUUCUACUGUCUAAUGUCUGUUGCAGACUGCUACACCGAUUUUCAUAUCGAUUUCGGUGGAUCGUCGGUGUAUUACCACAUACUGAAGGGAAAGAAGACCUUCUUCUUCAUUCCACCCAAGGAAAAGCACUUGAAAAAGUACGACGAAUGGUGUAAUUCGCCCGCUCAGGAUACUACCUUUCUUGGAACAGAAUCCAAAGAAUGCUAUCGAGUCGACCUCUCUGAAGGUGAUACGAUGCUGAUUCCUUCAGGAUGGAUCCACGCUGUCUGGACGCCCGAGGAUAGUCUGGUGAUAGGCGGCAACUUCUUGACCAGAAUGAAUUAUUCGAUGCAGCUCAAGAUCACAAAGAUGGAAAAAGACGCCAAAGUUCCACGAAAAUUCCGAUAUCCCUUCUUUCAGAAAAUCAUGUGGCUUACCGUCUUGAAAUACCUGGCUGACGACCCUCUACCUCCUCACCUUCAGGAGGCUUUUGCCCUAGACGAAAAUUACCAGUUCUAUCGCGAAACACCGGUUUAUCACCUGGCAGUAGGUGAGACUACAGCCACGCAUGAACCGGGAUCGGAAUAUUACAAUGCAAAGUACUAUUCCCAAGGUGAAAUUGAUGGGCUUCCAGAAUUGGCCAAGUAUAUCUUGAGAACAGCAUUGAUUGCCGGCGGCUACAAGGUUGACGGUGUUACUAAGGAAACCAAGAACGCCGUCAGCAGAUCUAUUCCCAAAGGCCAAGGUGAUCCGGUUGAUAUUGCGCGGAAAUUUGGAGUUUGGGUUGCCUGGAAACGGGGUAACGAACCUGCUCCUCAGUGGACGCGCCCUGGAGCAAUUGUUAUGGAUGUAAAGGUUGAUAUGUCUGAUAAAAGACGAAGCACCCGACCACGCAAACAGUCUGAGCGUGCUCUGACUGGUUCUCAAAGGGGUAGACCAUCUCUAAGCACUUCACAGAGGCCGUCAGACCAAGGCCUCCAAGCUGCAAGUGACACGCCUUUAAGAAGCGUUUCCGCUUCUUCGGGCAGUGGAACACCAGUCCAAGAUACCCGCAGGACAUCCCUCGCGGAUAAUAAAGGGCAUGAAGGCAGUCCACUCCAGACUCCUAAAGCUGCAAGCCUUGGCCCAAAAAGGGUUGCCUGUGAUCCUUGCCGGAAACGUCGUAUUAAAUGUCGUCAUAAGGGUGAUACCGCCCCUGAAACUACUUCUGAUCUAGAAAUAGUGAAGGAGCCUAGUAGUCAUGGGAAUUCUGAUGCAGGAUACAUGCCAUUGACUGCCCCCGAGCCCAAAAAUUUAGCCGACCAGGUCAACGAUGACGCCCAUCCCCAGAAGGAUGGCAUAGCCCUACGGGAAAAUACUGUCAUUUCUAAUCCUCCAGACGCAAGCGGAAACUUGUCAAAAAAGCCUCAAGAAACAAGCCCUAGCUCGUCUAGUUCGAGCAAGAAGGGCAGGAUAAAGGCCUGUGAAGAAUGUCGGAAGAGUAAACGUCGGUGUAUCCAUGAUGAAGCCGGUCGAAUCGACCCAAUAAAGAUCCAAGAGCAGCCAAAGACAAAGCGUUCACGCACUGAUGACGAGAAAUCGACUCCUCCGAAGAAGCAAAAACGCAAUGACGAUAAAUCACCACUUACAGAAGCUGCAUCUUUAUCAGCUACCGAUAAUGGCCACGUUCAAACUAAGGUCACUAAUCCACAUGACAAGCCCCAUGUUCUCAAAUCUGAUUUCCCCAGAGAAAGCCCCCUUUAUUCGUCUCCUCCAGCCGGAAAUUCGGAGGUGGAGGCCGCACCUGAACACCCAAUGGCUGCAGAAUAUGUGCUUCCCAUUGGAAGUCUCGUAUCUCCUCCUACGUCCCUUGUCGAUGAUGUCGACGGGAUUCCUAGCUCUCUGGAUGGUGAAAGGGCUAAACCGGUAGACGGUGAACGGAAUACCGACAAAUCAUUAUCAAUCCAUACACCGACCUCCAUAUCUUAUCACCCUUCCCGCUACCCUCCCAUCUCAGUCAACACGAAGACUGCUUAUAAUUCCAAACAGCGUGCAUCUAAAGAUCGUACUUCCGCCCAUGGUCUGUCUCCAUCUUCUCCGAUAAGAUCAAAGACAUCGUCGAGACCUGGAUCAUCUCACCGUGCAAAUGAAGGUGCUGCAUCAUCAAGUUCAAGGAGGGCACAUGACCGCACAAGUUUCGCUGAGGCUGAUGUUGACCCUGAUAGCAUAAAGCUCAUUCGACAACUUCAAGAAGAAGACUUUGGGCUUCGACGGAGGACUACAAAGCCAAAGCCCUAA